UAUGGUUUUUAUUGGGGGGGGGGGGGUGGGGGGAAGGGGAACUUUGAAGUCUCCCAAGACUUUGGAUCCUUCCCCGAGGCGCCGUCUUCAAGCAAUGAGCAUUGAGACCUUGUUAGAAGCGGCCAGAUUUCUGGAAUGGCAAGCUCAGCAACAGAAAACACGUGAAGAAAAUGAAAAACAUGAAAAACUCUGCCAGGAGCGUGAACAGGAACAGAAGAAGGCCAGCGUGCAAAGGGUUAACCAUGUCGCCCAGCCGGAAGAAUCCCACAAAGACCUCCAGGCUCUCCCUUUGUCUCCGCCCACUCCAGCUCCUCCCCCUCCUCUUCCCCCCUCCCUGGCAGCUCCCAUUUCCGUCAUCCCCAUCCCGGUCGUCACCAGCCCCCCUCAGCCAGCCCCCCAGAGUACCUUGUCCCCCCCACUUAUCCAGCGGCACUCACCCAUGUUAAACAUGGGUCUCAGUAAGGAGCCCCCGCUGAUGGCCCCCGUGAUCCAGAAGACUUCGGGGUCCCUUCUUCCGGACAUCAAGGUCCCCACACCCCCUUCGGCCAGCCCCAGCCAGCUGCCCCACUAUGCCACUUCCGUCUUGGCUAUUUCUCCACAUCAUAUGGCCCAGCCGCCAAUCAAGCCCCAGCCCCCUACCCACCAGCCACUCCUCCCGCAUCACGUGCCUCCACCACUCAACAUCAAGGUGAACCCGUUAGAAGAGGCCAAGCCCAGCGAGCAAAAGAAGAGACCUGGCGGAGUUGGCACCCGAGAAGUCCAUAAUAAAUUGGAGAAGAACAGACGUGCCCACUUGAAAGAAUGUUUUGAGACCCUCAAGAGAAACAUCCCCAAUGUCGACGACAAGAAAACCUCAAACCUCAGCGUCCUAAGGAGUGCCUUGAGAUAUAUCCAGACCUUGAAACGCAAAGAGAAAGAGUAUGAGCAUGAGAUGGAGCGGCUGGCGAGAGAGAAAAUUGCCACGCAGCAACGUUUGGCAGAGCUGAAGAAUGAGUUGAGUCAGUGGAUGGAUGUCUUGGAAAUUGACCGGAUAAUCCGCCAGACAGUUCAACCAGAAGAUGAUCAGGCAUCCACUUCAACUGCUUCAGAAGGAGAAGACAAUAUGGAUGAGGACAUGGAAGACAACAGCCCUGUCAAUUCGUUGCCGAAGCUCACGCACCGCCAGCAUCCCGAGCUCUUGAAAGCAGUGGCCCCCAUCGCUGCUGCCCAUCGCCCAUCGGUUCUGCCGCUGGCCCAGAAGCACGUCCCACCCCAUGUCCCACCCCCCCUCCAGCCCCAGGCCCUGGUUCAGCCCCAAGCGAUUGUCCCUGCACAGACUCACCUCGUGGCGGCUUCCACCGUGCAAUCGACUGUUAUCGCCCACACGGCCACUACCCACGCCUCCGUCAUUCAGACUGUCAACCAUGUCCUCCCGGGCCCCCAGCCCAAGCACAUUGCCCACCUCGCACCCUCGUCCACCUCCAGCCCAGUCCAGCUGACGACCACGGCUCAGCCCAUCGGCCACAUCACUGUGCACCCGGCCGCCCUCAACCACGUAACCCACCUGGGUCAGCAGCUCCCCCUGUACCCGCAGCCCGUGGCGGUCAGCCAGCCCGUGGUGGGCCACAUUGCGCACGCCAUCUCUCACCAGCAAGUGAAUGGAACUGCCAGCCUUGGCCAGCCAGCGGUCAUGGCGAAGCCCGGCGUUGGAACUCAAGUUAUCCACCACCAACAGCUGGUGGGCCAAACAGUCUUGAACCCCGUCACCAUGGUUACCAUGCCCCCUUUUCCCGUAAGCACCUUGAAGCUGGCGUAGAAUCAGCUGCAAAACAACUGGAUAAAACUCCAUACAUUCCAACUGCCCCGUGGCAGAGAAGUUAGGAGUGAGAGAGGGUUGGAGGCACUGACCCUCCAGCGAGAAGAUGGCGCAAGAGAGAGAGAGAGGGCUGCGGGACAGGCAGAGAUAACCUUUCCUCCCUCCACCUGUCCCUUCCCCAGUUUUUUUUUUUUUCUUCCUGUUUUGAUUUCUCUCAAGAAACUCGGUCAUGGGAGGGAGGGCGUGGGGUGGGUGGGGAGUAGAAAAACCCAUAAGGGCUGCUUCUGCACUUGAAUUUUCCCUAAUCAGAGAGAAAAAUAAAUAAAUCAAUAAACUGUCCUUCACAGUGAUUUUUUUUUUUCUUUUGACAUGUAAUCAGUGAAAUAAGACUGUAAUAAAGUUCUUAAGACAUUGACUUUUCCUUUCAACCACCCCAGCCGUCACGACCGUUUUUUUUUAAAAAAAACUUCCAUUAUUUUAUUUUAUUUUUUGAUGUGUUGCUUCUUCAUAGUUCCUUUUUUUAAUGGCUGAUCUCUUUUAUUAAGACUUUGCAUAGAGGAAAAAGAAAAAGAAAUCAUAGAAAAUAUAUAUAUAUAUAUUUAUAUAUAUAUAUCUACCUGCAUAUAGCUACAUAUGUAUAAAAAUAUGAACACCAUCGAUGGGAAAAUCCUUUUGUUUCCAGGAAUAAUGGACACAUGGUCAACAUCACUCCUCCUGCUUUGAAAGGAGAGAAGAGAUAGCAUCCUUUCUUUUUUUUUAAAGCAUCUUGAAAAGAUAAAGAUGGUUUUGUGGACCAGGGUAUUUAAAAAAAAAAAAGGCAAAACACAUUACUCCUUUCCCAACUCCUCAUUAUAUUUACAUUUCAGUAAAAUCAUCCAUAAUCACUGUGACUUGUUAUGGCAUUUUAAGGAUACCCUCUGUCUAAUAAAAAGGUAAAAAAAUGAGGUUGCACACCCGUGGAAUUUGUGAUUUAUUGUAAUGUUCAAACCUCCUGAUCAAUUGAUUUUUUUAAAAAAUUCGUUUUCUUACCUGCUUUUAUGCCUGAUUUGGGGUUUGAUUCUGGGUCUUUGAACAUCUAAUGGUUCCUGCAUGGCAUGGAUCCAACCUGUGGCUUGGAUCCAGAUAGAAAUGAAAACUCAAAAAAAAAAAAAAAAGGUCUUGUGAUCUGAAGAGCAGGGAGCAAGUCAUAAUUCUCUCUGUUGAAAUGCAUAAUUCAUCCAUAGCUCCUUGCUCUUAAGUUUUAUUCCAUCUUUUAAGUGGUACGAAGUUGGUAGUUAACACGGAGGGUUUGUGUGAGGGUAGUGAAAUGUUGGAGCCUCCAAAUCUUGAAGUGACUUUAAGAAUAAGCUUUAGGGAUUUUUUUUUUAUUUUUUUUUACUUGCACAUUUUAUUUCUUGUUAGAUGUUCAGGGAAAUGAAAUGUUCAGAGUAGCAUGCAAAGCACACCGCUGGAUUUUAUCAAGCAAAAUUACUGUUAGCUCAUUGGCAGUUCUGGGUUGCAUCAACCCAGCUGGAGAACUUUGAAGUACACUUGGGUGGAUCAAAGUGAUCUGGUUAAUUCAGUAAACCGUGAUUAAAAUAAACAAUGCUGUAGCGUUAAACAA